UUGAAAGUGACAUUGUCAAUUGCAAUCAGUAGGAGCUUAGACUUUGGUGACAGUCCAUGCGAUUUUCCGCCGGAUAGGUUCAAAACUUCAUCUAGAUUAGUCUAAGCCCACAUAAGCAUCAUCAAUUCAGAUCUUCAAUACUUUGAAAAGAAUCAGUCAAAGCAACCACCAGCACCUGCAAGAUCAAGAAAAUACCAAUGGCUCACGCUAGAGCUGCAGGAUCCCUGCCAGUGGCAAAUGUGCAGGAACUAGCACAGACUUGCAGCAGAUCUGAUGAGCAGGUGCCUGAGAGGUACAUCAGGGCGGAGGCUAACACUGAAGAUGUCAUCACUGGUUAUGCUAAUAGCUCUGCGACUGCAAUUCCUAUCAUUGAUCUAAGCAAGUUGUAUGAUCCCCAGUCAUCGCAUGAAGAGUGUUCAAAGCUCGGAUCGGCCUGUCAGCAGUGGGGCUUCUUUCAGCUAAUCAACCAUGGGGUGCCAGACGAAGUGAUCUGUAACCUGAGGGAAGACAUUGCCGAGUUCUUCAAUCUGCCACUUGAAACCAAGAAGGCAUACUCGCAGCUACCUAACGGUCUUGAAGGCUAUGGCCAGGUCUUUGUUGUGUCGGAAGAGCAGAAGUUGGACUGGGCGGAUAUGUUCUAUCUCGUGGUGCGGCCGAAUGAGGCUAGGGACCUGAGGUUCUGGCCUGCUCACCCUCCUUCCUUCAGAACAUCCAUAGAUAGGUACUCCUUGGAGGCGGCGAAAGUGGCACGCUGCUUACUGGAAUUCAUGGCCAAGGACAUGGGAGCUGAGCCGGCAUCACUGCUAGAGAUGUUCCAAGGGCAGCCACAAGGCUUCAGGAUGAACUACUACCCACCGUGCCGGCAAGCCAACCAAGUGUUGGGCAUGUCGCCGCACACAGACGCCGCCGGCCUGACACUGCUACUCCAGGUGAAUGGCAUGCCGGGCCUGCAGAUCAGGAGGGACGGCAAGUGGUUCACCGUGAACGCUCUAGAAGGGGCGUUGGUCGUCAACGUUGGCGAUGUACUUGAGAUCCUGAGUAACGGCAGGUACAGAAGUGUCGAGCACCGGGCAGUGGUGCACCCGAACAGAGAGCGCAUCUCGGCGGCGGUGUUCCACCGGCCAUGCCAGGAUGCCGUGAUAGGCCCUUUGCCGGAGCUCCUGAACGACAGCAGCAAACCGCGGUACAAAGCAAUGGGCUACAUGGAAUUCAUGAAGCGCUACUAUUCAGCAAAGCUCGACGGACGGAAUCACCUGGAGAGCUUGAGAAAUGAGUUGUGAACUCAACGAAUCUAAGCAUUUGGUAUCUCAUGCUUGAGAUGACAUUUGACAUGCUUGGUUGUUUUCACAGGUGUCCGGUAGUCGUUUUGUUUUAUACAUACAUGUUGGGAUUGGGAAUAACAUUUUUAUCUCAGUAUUUUUUCCAGUA